AUGGGUAUUACCAUACGACAGGCGACCAUUAAUGAUAUAGUGGCUAUGCAAGAUGCAAACUUGCAUAAUCUACCGGAGAAUUACCAAUUGAAAUAUUAUAUGUACCACCUCCUUUCUUGGCCUCAAGCGUCUUUUGUUGCUACAACCUAUGAUGGUACUGAUGAUAUAGAUGAUGGAGGUGAAGAUGAGAAGGAGGAGGUUGAAGAUAAAGACGGUACGAAAGACGAGCCAAAAGACGAGCCAAAAGACGAGCCAAAAAAGGAACCAAAAAAGGAACCAAAAGAGGAGCCAAAAGACGGUUACAAUGAUGAUGAUAAAGUAGAUGGCUGGUCAAAAGGUGAUCCCGCAUACAUCAGUAAGGGCGAAAAAAUUAUUGGUUAUGUACUUGGCAAAAUGGAGGAUGAUCCAGAAGCGCAGGACAAGACGCCACAUGGCCAUAUCACAUCCUUAUCCGUUUCGAAAACCUACCGCCGAAUGGGUUUAGCAGAGAAGUUGAUGCGGCAAUCGCUUUAUGCCAUGUGUGACGAGUUUGGCGCCAAAUAUGUAUCGUUGCAUGUUCGAAAAUCUAACAGAGCGGCUUUGCAUUUAUACCGAGAUUCCUUAAAAUUUGAGGUUACGUCGAUUGAAAAAUCAUACUAUCAGGAUGGGGAAGAUGCAUAUGCUAUGAGAUUGGAUUUGAAACUAGAGAACUUGUUACCUUCACGGGCACAUGGUGAAAUAGGGGACGAUUUUUCUCAAAGAUUAAUAUAG